UGCUAAUUGUCUUUUUAACCUGGCAAAUCUGUUUCGAUCGAAAACGAUCCUCAGCUGGGCAGUGACGAAUCUUGACUGUGUCAGGUAAACAAUGACUCCAUCCGUCGAACGACCCUCGAUACAGGACCUGGAAGCGCUGCUGGCCGAAAGUCUCGGCGCAGACUUUCAGAUAAAGAGCCUAGAAUGGAAACCGCUGACCGCCCCGGGCGAGAACUUCGGAAGCGUUAUGUUGGCCAUGAACGUGACACUGACCCGGGCCAACAGAACAGAGACCUUGAAUCUUGUCGCAAAACUGCCGCCUACUUCGGCAUACCUGCUGGAGUUGUUCAACAGUCCGGUCACUUUCCGAAAGGAGCUGAAAUUUUACAGCAUAAUGACCAGAGAGUUCGAGAAGCUUCAAUUGGAGAGCGGCGUGAAGAAGCAAGACAUCUGCGUCCUAGCGCCGAAAUUCUACGGUGGAAGACUCGGGCUUUGUGACCCAGAGAAAUUCGACGAGCACGCUGUCAUCAUUCUAGAGAACCUGAAAUACAAUGGUUAUGACACCCAAGACAGGAUACACGGACUGGACAGAAAGCACACAGACUUCGCGCUCGAGGAACUGGCCAAAUUACAUGCGCACACCGUGGCACUAAAGCUCAAGAAACCGGAAAUCUUUCGGGAAAUCGUGUCGGAAGUGUUAACAGAGGUUCUAAACGACACGACGGAGAAGUGUGUGAUCGACAUGGUGAGAAAAGCGGAAGCGGACCUGAAGGAGAUCGAAGAGGCCAAACCAUAUUUGGAUCGUGUCAGCAGAACCAUCGAGUUUGGCAUUCAGUUGAACAAGAACAGCCGAAAGCCGGAAGAACCGUGGGCAACAUUGGUCCAUAAUGAUUUCUGGGUGAACAACAUGAUGUUCAGACACGACGCACGGGGUGAAUUGAUCGGCAUGAAGAUCGUGGACUUUCAAUUAUGCCUGUACGAUCACGGCGUCUACGAUCUUCUCUUUUUCCUCGUGUCGAGUGUGAAGAAAGACGUGCUAGACCAUAAACUGAGCGACAUGAUCGACUACUACUAUCGUUGCUUCAUAAAAUCGUUGAAGACACUGAAGGUCGACACGGAGAAGUUCACCAAACGGAGCUUCGAUGAGCUGGUCAAUUACUGUGGACCAGCCAAGUUCAAUCAGUGCCUGAUGAUGGCGCAGGUCAUUCAGGCGCCUAAAGAAUCCGCUCCGGAGAUGAAGGACCUGAAGGGAGACAUGUUCUUGAAUCGAGGAGUUGACGAUGUGUACAGAGAAAAAUUAUUACAGAUAGUGAAGUUGUUCGACGAACGAGGAUGGUUGAUCGAAUAGUAUUUAAUUCGGUUGUUAUUGUAUUUUUAGAGAAAUUGUUAUAAAUUGAAUGAUUAUUUUUAUAUGAGAA